GUAACUAUGGCCCAAGGAAAUGGCACCAAGGUGACUGAAUUCUACCUGUGGGGAUUUGGAGGUCAGCAGCAGCUCCAGCCGGCCCUCUUCACUGUAUUUCUCGUGAUCUACACAACCUCCAUGGUGGGCAACACUGGCAUGAUCCUGCUCAUCCACACAGACUCCAGACUCCAGACCCCCAUGUACUUCUUCCUGCAACAUCUGGCCUUUGUUGACAUCUGCUACACGUCUGCCGUCACUCCCAAGAUGCUCCAGAACUUCGUGGUAGACAACAAAUCCAUAUCAUUUGGAGGAUGUGUUCUGCAAUUUCUGACCUAUGGAACAUUUGUAGUCAGCGACUGCUACCUCCUGGCAGCUAUGGCGGUGGACCGCUAUGUCGCCAUCUGUAAGCCACUUCGCUACCCCAUCAUCAUGUCCCGAACAGUCUGCAUCCAGUUGGUCACUGGUUUGUAUCUUGUAGGGUCACUAAAUGCCUCUGUACACACAGGCUUUACCUUUUCUCUGUCCUUCUGUAAGUCCAACAUCAUCAAUCACUUUUUCUGUGAUGGUCCCCCAAUUCUCGCCCUCUCGUGUUCAAACAUUGACAUCAAUGUCAUGCUAAUGUUUAUCUGUGUGGGGUUCAACUUGACAUUCACUGUGUCUGUCGUUCUCUUCUCCUACAUCUGCAUCCUGGCCGCCAUCCUAAAGAUGUCUUCCGCUGCAGGAAGGAAGAAAACCUUCUCCACCUGCGCCUCCCACCUCACAGCCGUCACCAUCUUCUACGGAACCCUGUGUUACAUGUACUUGCAGCGUCCUUCUGAGCAGGCCCAGGAGAACAUGAAAGUAGCCUCUGUGUUCUACAGCACCGUGAUUCCCAUGCUGAACCCUCUGAUCUACAGCUUGAGAAACAAGGAGGUCAAAGAAGCUGUGAGAGUCACAGGGAAAAAAGUUCUGCAUAUCAAAUCUAAAAUGUUAAAAUGCAGUACUCCCACUGUGGAUAUGCAUUGCCAUUUUUAA